GAUACUCAACAAAUGACACAGAUGGCAGGAUCGUGAUGAACAUAAUCAAUGGAGAUCCUAAUCCAAAAUUUUAUCUGAUCUUACAGUAACUACCUAGGCUAGCAGACCUAAACCAACUUCCAUAAUAAGAUCUCCAACCCAAAGAUCACGCCUUUUCCUUUUUAUUCCCUAAACACUAAUGUCUAUCCAUCCAUCCCACAUCUCCAAAGUUCCAAUUCCAAUCCAAAAGAUCAGAUCUGCCCACGUUCACAAAAUAUCAGCUGCAAAGUUGCAGUCAAAUACAGGCCACUUACCUACCAAUCUGCAGUUGAUUUCAUCCCCAUCCCAAUCCCACAAGGUCUAAAACAGCUUUAGGGAGAUCAACGUCCAUAUUGCAGCAAAAUGGUGGGGCAGAAACAGCACUAGAAAGCAGCUAGCUCUACUGUGGUUCACAACAUUUCAGAAAUCCAACAAUAAGAAACCUAUCUUCUUAAUCCAAGCCACAUAAAGCAAAAAGAAAGGUGACAGUAAUGGCACAAUUUUGCUGCAUAUUCCUAUCUCAGCCUCAAUUCUUUCUUUCUACUUCUUGUUAACCCACUUUUUCUCCCUCCCCAAUCAAUAUCACCUUUAAUUUUGCCUUACAACUUAAAUGCAUAUUGAUUAACCUAAUGCUCUAUCACUAGAAUCUUCCACUACCCAAAAGUUCUUUUUUUUAAAGGGUUGAGAUGAAAAAAGCUACUGCCUUUAUCAAGAACACAAGAAGCAGCAGCUAGCAGUUGUAUGUUUGCACUGUUCCUUAGUGGAGAGUCAUCAAACCCUUUUUUCUUUCCCAGUUCAGAGAUUUUGCCUAUAAAAGGGGGAACCCCCUUCAAGACCCAAGUGGCAAAACACACAAGCACUACACUUCUCUUCACUAUUCUAAUCAUCUCUCUUUCUCUUUCUUUCACCAAAAAAACCCCUACUCCUGUUCCCAGAAGCUUGCAACCAUGGAUGGGAAGAUGAGUUGGACAGUAGCAGAUGCUGUGGAUUACAAAGGUUUCCCUGCUGACAAGUCCAAAACUGGUGGUUGGGUUCCUGCUGCACUCAUCCUAGGGAUUGAGAUAUGUGAGAGGCUGUCAACCAUGGGAAUUGCAGUGAACUUGGUGACAUAUCUCAUUGGAACAAUGCACAUGCCUAGUGCUACCUCAGCUAAUGUGGUCACAGACUUCAUGGGCACAUCUUUCCUCUUGUGCUUGCUUGGUGGCUUCCUUGCUGACUCUUUCUUAGGCAGGUUCAAGACCAUUGCCAUCUUCUCUGUUGUCCAAGCCAUUGGGACUGCAACAUUAGCAGUAGCCACAAAGCUGCCACAGCUAAGGCCACCACCAUGCCAUGCUAACAACAGCUCCUGCACCCCAGCAACUGGAUUCCAAAUGGGGAUUCUGUACAUGGCACUGUACCUCAUAGCACUGGGCACAGGAGGCUUGAAAUCGAGUGUAUCAGGAUUCGGUACAGAUCAAUUCGACGAGAAGGAUGAGAAGGAGAAAGCUCAGAUGGCCUACUUCUUCAACAGGUUCUUCUUCUUCAUCAGCUUAGGGACUCUCUUGGCGGUAACGGUGUUGGUCUACAUCCAGGACGAAGUGGGCCGGAGCUGGGCCUAUGGGAUCUGCUCUGCCUCCAUGUUCAUCGCCAUUGCAAUCUUGCUCUCUGGAACUAAGAAAUACAGGUACAAGAAAUCCAUGGGGAGCCCUAUAGUCCACAUCCUUCAAGUCAUUGCAGCAGCAAUUGGGAAAAGGAAAAUGGACUUGCCCUAUGAUGUCAAUUUGCUGUAUGAGACCAAUCCUGAUGUCACAAGGAUUCAACAUACAAACCAAUUCCAAUUCUUGGACAAGGCAGCAAUUGGUGUUCAGGGUGAUUUUGAGGCUAGCAACAAUGGCCGCCCGGGUUCGGAGCCUAACCCGUGGAGGCUGUGCUCCGUGACCCGGGUGGAAGAGGUGAAGAUGAUGGUGAGGUUGCUGCCGAUUUGGGCGACGACGAUCAUAUUCUGGACGACGUAUGCUCAGAUGAUUACUUUCUCGGUGGAGCAAGCUUCCACCAUGGAUAGAAACGUAGGGAGCUUCGAGAUUCCGGCAGGUUCGCUUACCGUGUUCUUUGUGGCUGCGAUUCUGCUCACCCUGGCUGUGUAUGAUCGGUUGGUCAUGCCCGUUUGGAAGAAAUGGAGAGGCAAACCAGGUUUCAGCAGCCUCCAGAGGAUAGCAAUCGGCCUGGCCCUCUCCACCAUCGGUAUGGCCGUUGCCGCCCUGGCCGAAAGCCGCCGCCUAUCAGCCGCCAAAUCCAUCACCGCCGCGACGAAAACCGUCCCAAUCUCGGUCUUCCUGCUGAUCCCACAGUUCCUCCUGGUCGGUUCAGGGGAGGCAUUCAUCUACACAGGGCAGCUGGACUUCUUCAUCACACAGUCCCCUAAAGGGAUGAAGACGAUGAGCACGGGGCUGUUCCUCACCACUCUCUCCCUCGGGUUCUUCGUCAGCAGCUUCUUGGUCAUGGUGGUGAAGAAAGUGACUUCCGGUGGUGGAAAUGGUGGGCAGGGGUGGCUGGCUGACAACAUUAAUCAUGGAAGGCUUGAUUGCUUCUACGGGUUGUUGGCAGUUCUUGGGGUGGUGAACUUUGUUGUGUUCUUGGUGUGUGCUGUCUGGUACAAGCCUAGUGGGAAAGAGGGUGGUGGGGCAAUGGAGAUUGUGGAGAAGAAGAAGAGUAAUGGGGUUGAGGAGAAGUGUUAGUGGGAGAUUAAGUAUCAAAAGAGGGUUAAGUGGGUUGGGGAUAUGAUCAAGAGAAAGUUAAAUGUGUUGUAGCUUAUAGUUUCUAUGUAAAUUAGUAAUAAUCUUGGGUUUGUGUCUUUUUCUCGAGUGUGGCUUUGGUGGUUGGAAUGGAAGUUUAGAAGUUUGAUAUGGUUUCGUUUCUCGAAAUUUCUAAGCGAAACCAGAGGUCGAGUUCUAACAUUUGUCUAUGUAUGUGUAUGAUUAUGGUAAAUUCCGUGUAGGAAGUAAUGGAAAAAUGAAAAUCAUUACAUAAAAUAGUUGUUGUUCGUUAUUAAUUGACCUGUUAAUGUUG